UUUUUUAAAUGAGUAUCGAAGUCAUCACCUAUUAUUAAUUUAGAAGUGGACUUAACAUAAACGGUUGUAUUUGUUUUUUUAAUAUACUGUUUAAUAAGGACACUAAUCUUACUUUUAUUGGUUUAUGGUUAAUUUAAGUAAAUUUAUACUCCCUAAUAUUUAUAAGUGUUUAAUAUUCUGUUUAAUGUUAUACGUGUUCAAACCAAUAUUCAUAACAUUUCUAUUAACUGUAACACCCAUUAAUAUAUGCUUUGCGCAUUUGAAAAUAAUUCACGUCGCUGCAACCGUUAUAGUCGGCUACAGGCCGCUACAGGCCGCUGCCGCGAUGACCGUGACCGCUGCCGCUACCGCUACCGCUGCCGCUACGGCUGUUUAAAAGCUUGCUUAGUGGAGAUGACAGCUUUGUUGCGGGCAAGCGCCAGUAUCCAUGGAUCUCGAAGCCGGUGCCGGUGCAAUUUUCUCUGUCCUUCGUCCUUAACAUUCCAAUUUAUUUAUUACAAAAAUACCAGGCUAUACCCCGAAGAUAGCCCUGGAGGUACAGCCGGUUGCAGAUACGGAGUAUAAUUUAACAUUCUUGGUAGUUCGUUAAGAACUGACAACUGAGUAUCAGAAACACGGCCAAACACCAGAAUGGAAAUGGUGUUAUCUAGCUCGCUCUUCCUCGCCGCCGUUAUAGUCUGCAGCAUUUGUACUUCCAUCACCUUUGCCCAAAUGGACACCUCUCCACCGCUGCAGCAGCCGCAAUAUCAUCCGCUAACGGGCGCCCUACAGACUCUCUCCGACUCCGGCUACGUCGCCAUGUCUCUCACUAUUGAGCUCAUCGCGAAAACUCUCAUCAGCUCCAUCUCCAACGCAACCACCGCCACCACCCCCAGUCUCACAAUCUUCUCUCCGCCGGACUCCGUCUUUGAAGAGCUCGGCCAGCCUUCACUGCGCCAGCUCCUCCUCCAAUUCUCCCCUCUCGCGCUCUCUAUGUCUGCUCUCGGUUCCCAAUCUGUAGGCUCUGAAAUCCCCAAUCUAUCUCCCUCCGGCUCCCUCUACAUCAGCUGUUCCUCCCCUGACGACUCUCGUCAGGUCUCCAUCAACGGCGUCAACGUCUCCCGCUGGCCAGUAUUCGACGAUGGCGGCCCUGUAAUCGCGUACGCAGUCGAUAAUUUCUUCCCCUCGAAUUUCUCACCGCCAAAGCCUGCUACGACGAACCCUAGAUCAGUCCAAAUCUCCGACUGCAAAUUGCGCUCGUCUUCUCUGCUACACGAGGCCUCCAUCACACUGAAAUCGAGGGGGUAUUCAACAAUGGCGUCAUUUCUGGAUUUACAGUUGUUCGGAUUUGCAAGCACUUCGCCGAUGAAAUUGACUGUGUUCGCUCCGGUAGAUGAGGCUCUGGUUCAGUAUACGGGCAACAUAAUGGCGUAUCAGUCGGUGUUGAUCGCGCAUGUGCUUCCUUGCGUUGUUCGUUGGUCAGAUCUGAAAGAGAUCGGUAAGAACAGCGGAGCGGCAUUCAUGGACUACGCGAACGGGUUUAGCAUGAAUGUGUCCAGCGGAAAUGGCGAGGUUUACGUGAAUGGAGUUAGGAUUUCAGUUCCAGAUAUGUAUAGCAAUGACUGGAUUGUGAUCCAUGGACUGAAUGAGAUGAUUCCUCUGGAAGAUGAGUUAGAAUCGAGAAGAGAAUCUAAUUUCGGCGGGGGGCGUUACAUGGAGGUGUCUGCACCUGAUCACAACGAGUUUUGAUCGAGUUUCUGUAAGGUUUCAUCUUCUUCUUGUGAUUGUACCAAAGUUAGUGUUACUUCUCAUUGUUUUGGUGAAAUUUUGGAAACUGCAGGGUAUAAAGCACCCAUUUUGUCUCAUAAUUUCAGCAUUAUUACACGUUAGUACAUUACAGAGCAUUUCAGCAUUUUAUUUCUUUUCUUAAUUAAGUUCUUGUCAUUCAUUAUGGGGUUACUCAAAUCGAAAAUUCCAUAAUCUGAAUUGAAUAUAACACAUCUUCAAU